AUGCUCCUCGGCGGCCUGGAGGUCGUCGGCGCCGCCGUGGCCGUGCGCGCGCUAAAGUCGACCGACCGCGGCUCCCGCGUAGCCGCCUCGCUCGGUGCGAUGGCUUCGUCGCUGACGUCGAUGCUCUCGGCGGAGCAGGAGGAGGAGGACGUGGCGGACCCGUCGGCGGUGAACCUGCUCGUCGUCGUCCCGCCAAAGCUCCCACAGCUGAUGGUUCCUCCCUCCACGGACGAGGACCUACUGCUCCGGGCGUGCGGCGAUGGCCUGCUCGAGCAGCUCUCCAACGCCGUCCCGAGGCGCUUUGGCGACACGGGCGGCCAGUGGUUCUUGCUCCACGCGAGCCAGCGCGACGGCACCUCGCUCGCUCGCCUGCUCCGCGCGGCGUCCGGCGCCGGGCCCUGCGUGCUCCUCCUCCGGGACACACAGGGACGCGUCUUUGGCGCCUUUUGCAGCGAGCUGCGGGAGGCGACGGCGCGAGCCUCCUCCGAGAGCGCCCCCUCCCACUCCGUCUACGGCACGGGCGAGACUUUCCUCUUCGCCCUCGGCCGGCUCGCCCUCCCUCCGCCUCCCGUCGCCCGCGGCAACACGCCCGCCCAGCCGCGUGUGACCCAGAUGGAGCGGAGCACGGCCAACGAGCACUUCGUCGCGACGACGCAGGAGGGCGCCGCCGAGAGCCUGCAGCUCGCGAUCGGCGCCGGAGGCGGGCUGGUACUGGACAGCGACAUCAGCGGCGGCUCGAGCGCAAGCAGCGACACCUUCGACAACCCGCCGCUCACGCUCAUCGCCACGCCGGCCGAGGGCGGCGCCGACACCGCUGCGGCAACGGUCGCCGCUCCCGACGAGCCGUCAGUAAGGUUCGUCGCUGAGGCUGUGGAGCUGUGGGGUGUUGACGAGGCCGCAUGCCGCAGCCUUCCGCAGUGCAGUGGCGCGCUCCCGCGCGGCGGUGACGAGGAGCAACCCGCGUAG